AUGCUCGCUAUCACCCGUCAUGCCGCGUAUGCGGCGAUUGUUCUGGCACUAAUUCUGCCCAGCGCCCUUGCCACCUUGACCACAACAACGGCCACUCCAGCUAUCCAGACGCAGAGGCAAGCCAACUUUCCCGGGAAUCCGUACGGCGUGUAUCGUCCUCGUGACUGUGUGGCAAAUUCGAGCUACAUCCGCGCAGAGACAUGCUCUUGGAGAGGAGACCGGAGAGGUAUCGACCCCGAUGCUGCCUGGUUGCGAUGCACCAUCUACACAGAUCAGGUGAAAUGGCCAAAGCCACCAUCUGUGAGGACUACAGAGAGUGUUGCGCCAAGAGUCCCUCCUGCAGUCGAAUAA